AUGCAGUAUCUUCUCAUGAAACCCGCCUUUCUGUUGGCCGUCCUAGCGACCGCCACCCCAGCGCCAACCUGGACCCAGAUCAUCUGGCACGACAUUCAAGCUGCGACCAGCUGCACUGCCUGCGAGACGCUGCUCAAAUCACUUCAACAAGCAUCUCAACUCGGUCCAUCGACCCUCCAGACCAUCCUCACCGAAAUCCUCGACGCCGACUUCUGCACCGGACUCAUAGCUUCCCAAGUCCCCAGCGCAUACUAUGUGCUUCGUCAACUGUCCAUUCCAUCAGACACCGCGCAAACCUUUUGUGCCAGCGUGUUGGAUUUGUGUCCGUAUCCGCCGAUUCCUCCUAUCAACCUGACCUUCCCUCCUCCACCACUAUAUUCCCCUAUCACCACUACCACCAACGAUAAUAACCAAGAUAACAAUAUAACCCUCCGAAUCGCCCACAUCACCGACACCCACGUCGACCUCCAAUACACCCCGGGCACGAGCACCCACUGCCGCAAACCCAUCUGCUGCCGCCAAUACCACGCCUACGAUGCCCCAGGCCGGUCCAAAAACCCAUGCUCAACCUGGGGAAGCCCACACUGCGAUCCCCCACUACGACUACUACACAACAUGCUCUCCACACUACAAUCACAACAACCACACCUAACCCUGUUCACCGGCGAUAUCGUCGCCCACGACAUCUGGAACACAAGCCAGGAAUCAGUACUAGCAAGCUUCAACGAGACCAACUCCGCCCUUCACACCCUACUAAACAACAACAACCCAAUCUACGCGGCCAUCGGAAACCACGACACCCACCCCGUAAACAUCUUCCCAGGGGAUGCAAAUAUCCCAAAAGAACUAGUAAAUGUAGAAUGGACCUACACCGCACUAACCACCGACUGGAGAACACUCCAAAACAACCCUACUUUAAGAACUACUAGAUCCGGCGCAUACGCAACAACAUAUACUACUACCCUCCCACCCACAUCACCCACACAAGAACAAGAACAAGAACCAGAACCAAACCCGAAAAUAAAAAUAGAAAUUAUCUCCUACAACAGCAACCUCUACUACCGUCUCAACCUCCUCCUCUACACGACUCCCAUGCCAGUUGACCCCAUGGCCCAGUUCACGUGGCUGAUCAGCGAGCUCCACACCGCGGAACAACAAGAAGGACUUCAAGUCCUUCUGAUAACGCAUAUCCCUAUCUCGAGUAAAGAUACUUUACCUGCGUAUGCUGAUGCCCUGCGGAGAAUACUGGUUCGGUUUAAGGAUACGAUCGUGGGUGUGUUCUGUGGACAUGGACAUGUUGAUACGUUUGGGGUGUUUUAUCGUUCUUAUUCUUCUGGUAUUAGUAAUGGGAGUGCUGGUAAUGUUAGUAGUGAUAGUGAUAGUGAUAGUCAUGAGAAUCAGGGGCAACGGCACCGGCACCGGCAAAGGAAGAUCACUGUGGAGAACAACAACAACAACAACAACAACGAGGUGACAGUGGAGAAAGGGGAAAGGGAAGAAGUAGUGAUAGGCGUGGAGAUGAUGGCGCCGGCGAUGACGCCUACGUCGGGGUAUUCGGCUUUUAGGGUGUAUGAUGUGCAGUUUAGCUGUGGUGGGUGGAAGGUAUUGGAUUUUGAGGAGUAUGUUGCGAGAUUCCCUCCGUUUAUACAUGGUCUUCAGGGGGAUGGUGAUGAUAGUAUCAAUGGUGAGGUAGAACCGCAAUGGGUCAGGUAUUACUCUGCUAUGGAAGCUUACGGAAAGUAUGUCUAUCCUAAUGGGGCUGGUACCGGUACUAAUGGCAUUGGUGCUGGGGCGGAGGCUGGGGGCGGUGCUGCUGCUGCUGGCAUUGGACCGCACUUCUGGGCGAAGCUGACGGAUGUUAUGGAGACGAAUUGGAAUGUGUUCAACCAGUAUUGGGCGAGACGGACUAGGGGGAUUGUCAGUCUAAAAGGGGGGAUGACGAUGAGGCUAUUCCUACGGAUAUGGGAGUGGAAGAAAGCGCUCUGGCAAGUUGGCUAA